CCUCAAUGGACAGGCAACACAUUGCUUGUGGAGGGCAGAAGGAGCCACCUUCUAGGUAAGCUAUUAGGAGAGACAUCUUGUGGUGAAGAAAAGCCGAAUCAUUCCAACUCUCCUAGAUCACCUGCUGCCAUCGGUGUGCACUGAAGGAGUUGCCUUUAGUCACUCUGCUCCCUCCCUCCACUCCAAGAGCUCAUCUCUCACCAUGAGGCUGCUAUUUCUUCUCUUUCUCCUCCUUGUAUGUCUUGCUCAGAAAACAUCAGGGCGCAAAAGAAAUACGAAAUUUCGUCAGUGUGAGAAAAUGGGUGGCAUUUGCAAGUAUCAGAAAACCCAUGGAUGCUCCAUCCUGCCUGCAGAAUGCAAAAGUCGAUACAAACACUGCUGUAGGUUGUAAUGGCAGCUUGCUGGGAUGUGUGGCACAGCAUGGGAGUAGUUAACUGCUCUGAUCUCUGUGAAAUAAAAACACCAUUAUAUCA